AUGUGGACCCUGCAGUGGUUCAUGAACCAGCUCCAGCUUCUCUUGGCCACAGCACAGGAGCCCCUGGAAAACAGUGACACAGACAAUUGCCCACAGAUGAGAGCCUUUUUCGAAGUUCAAGUUUCUAGAGGAAAAGUUCCAGCAGACCGCCCAGAAGGGAGAUGUGGCUGGGGCUUCACCAGCCUCACUAGGUCUGACAUUUUCAAUUUUCAGAGUCUGUUGAGUGUAAUCUUGCUGCUUCUAUGUACCUGUGCUUAUAGCCGAUCCUUGGCACUCAGCCUCCUGGACAGAAAUAAAACUGGGCUGUUGGGUAUAUUUUGGAAGUGUGUCAGAAUUGGUGAAUGGAACAGUCCUUAUGUUGUGGUAUGCUGUAUUGUGGUGGCCUUCAGCAUCCUCUUCAUACAGUAG